AAAGGAAGAGUCUGAAAGGUAAAACGAAAAUCAGAGAGCGCAGUUAAAAACUUGGGUAAAUGGUAAUUAGGUGGAAAUGAGAUUUAAAAAAGGGAUAAAAGCGGGGAGAAUCGAGUUGAAUUGAAUUGGAAACUGCAGAAUCAGAUCUGGUGGCUGUCCCUUAGCGAUGGCCAAAACGUUGAUAUUCGUCUACAUAGUUGUCGCGGCGGUGCUGCUCUUGUUCCUCUCCCAUUCACCGAAGAAGUUCUCCGGCCACCGCCACCGCCGCCUCAAGCUCCGCUCCAACUUCACCCUAGCACCGUCGCGCCACCACGCCGUGGCCUUCGACCCCUUGGUGGCGGAGCUGGAGCGGCACCGGGAGGACAAGGAGUGGGAGAAGCAGGUAAUCCACCAGAAACACCCGGAGCUGGAGACGGACCCGGACCCGGACCCGGCCCCGGCUCACGAGUCCCAGCCCGAGUGGGAGGACUUCAUGGACGCCGAGGAUUACCUGAAUGACGAGGACAAGUUUAAUGUCACCAACAGGUUGAUACUCUUGUUCCCCAAGAUCGACGUGGACCCCGCCGAUUGGUUCGUCACCGAGCACGAGUUGACUCAGUGGAACCUCCACCAGGCACAGCGCGAGGUCCUGCAUCGCACCCAGAGGGAGAUGGAGCUUCACGACAAGAAUCACGAUGGCUUUGUUUCGUUCUCCGAGUACGAUCCUCCCAGUUGGGCUCAAAAUGCAGAUAACGAGUCUUUCGGUUAUGAUAUCGGUUGGUGGAAAGAAGAGCAUUUUAAUGCAUCUGAUGCUGACGGAGAUGGUGUUCUAAACUUGACCGAAUUCAAUGACUUUCUGCACCCGGCGGACAGCAAAAACCCUAAGCUUCAUCAGUGGUUGUGCAAGGAGGAAGUCAGGGAAAGAGAUACAGACAGAGAUGGAAAGGUCAACUUUAAAGAAUUUUUCCAUGGGUUGUUUGAUUUGGUGAGAAACUAUGAUGAUGAAAGUCAUAAUUACUCGAAUCAUUCUGAUAAUUCAAUGGAUGCUCCAGCCAGAGUGUUAUUUGGUCAGCUUGACAAGGAUGGGGACGGAUACUUGUCAGAUGCUGAACUACUGUCCAUAAUUGAGAAACUCCAUCCAUCUGAGCAUUAUUAUGCAAAGCAACAAGCCGAUUACAUCAUUUCACAGGCAGAUGAGGACAAGGAUGGGCGUCUUACUUUGACUGAGAUGAUUGAAAACCCAUAUGUAUUUUAUAGUGCUAUUUUCAACGAUGAUGAAGAUGAUGAUGGUGAUUACCACGAUGAGUUCCGGUAAAUUAAUGUUAGGAUACGCAGAAAUGUUUGGCAUAAUUCUAGUGGCAAAGAAUCAGUAUUUGAAGACAAUGACAUGACAGAAUUUUGAUGUUUCAGGCCCUAUGAGGUCCUUAGUCUCUAUCCUGGUGGGCUUUUUGUGCAAUGGCAACAUUUAUUGCUUCUUUCCAUUCAUAUUAUCUGCGAGUUCUUAUUUGCUAAUGGGAUCCACCGUGACUUGUCGUUGAGUCACACCUGAGAUCGGUUGGAGGAUGAUAGGAUCUCAACUUCAUUGUAAAAUUUGUAGAAUAAUAUACAAAUUUUCAAAUCACUAGUUCGGCUAUCAUUAAUUAAGUAGAACAUCUCAAUUCUCAAUGGGCAAUAUACAUGUACCACUCUUAGAAUA